AUGCCCCUCACAAAGUCCCUGCUGGCAAGGUGUGGUGAAUGUCAAAAAACUGCCCCAGGCUAUGCAUGUGAUCUCACACUGGAUCCAAACACCAUAAACACUCAACUCAUGUUGUCUGAUGAGAAGAGGAAGAUCAUACAUGUGACAGAGCCACAGCAGUAUCCUGAUCAUCCAGAGAGAUUUGAUGGCUGUGAGCAGGUUCUGUGUGUUGAGAGUCUGACUGGACGCUGUUACUGGGAGGCUGAAUGGAGUGGGAAGGGGGCUGAUAUAGUAGUGUCAUAUAAAGGCAUCAGGAGGAAAGGAGUGAGUGAUUGCUGGUUUGGAUACAAUGACAAAUCCUGGAGUCUGUACUGUUGUACUAAUGAAUUCACCAUCUGGCACAAUAAUAUGAGCAAUAAUAUACCCUUCCCUUUAUCCUCUAAUAGAGUAGGAGUGUAUCUGGACUGGUCAGCCGGCUCUCUGUCCUUCUACAGCGUCUCUAACACACACACACUCACACACUUACACACAUUCAACACCACAUUCACUGAACCCCUUUAUGCUGGAUUUGCAGUUUAUGCUGAUUCUUCAGUGUCUCUUGUGUCUGAUUAAACAACUUGCUGUAAGACACAACUGAGACAUCACAAACAAGCUGUCAAUUUUCCAAGCAGUCACAUUUUUUUAAUUAAACAGCUAACACAGUGUAAAUAUCAUCUAAUUGCAUCUAA